CCGACUUAUCUCUUCUCAGGCUUCACUCUCUCUGUCUCCUCUCAGGUUUUUUUUGUUUGUUUUGAUUAUAGGAAAAAUGGAGAGUGUUGAAUUGGCGUUGAAGAACAGUAACAUGAAUGAGAAAACCCUCACCACCGGCGGCGCUCUAAACGGCGAAGAUUUCUCCGUCGACGACUUGCUUGACUUCCCUAACGAAGACGACGACGACGACGUUGCUCGCGUUGACGAGGAUGAGACUGACUUUAAAGCACAACGUAAAAGAGGACCCUCUCUCGAAAUUACCCUUCACCGGAGUAACGAUUUCUCCACCGCCGAUAAUUUCCCCACCAGCGAGCUCUCCGUUCCGAUGGAUGAUAUAGCGGAGCUUGAAUGGUUAUCAAAUUUCGUAGAGGACUCUUUCACGCCGUAUUCGUCUGCUCCGACGAAGAAACCGGUUUGGUUAACCGGUAAUCGGAGACAUCCUGUACCAUCGGUUAACGAGGAUUCCUGCUUCAAAGCUCCUCCUCCUCCUCCGGUUCAAAUCAGGCCCAAACGAGCCAGAGCCGGAGUUAGAGUCUGGUCUUCGCCGUCAUCGUCUUCGAGCUCUGCAACCUCGUCGUCGUCCUCUUCUGGUCCUUCAAGCCCUCUUUGGCUCUCCUCCGUUUCUGAGUUGCUUGAUGAACCUAUGGUUAAUAAAAAACAGAAGAAGACGAAGAAGAAUGUUUGGAAAAUAGCUGGUCAGACGCAAACGCAAACGCAAACGCAGACGCGGCGGUGUAACCAUUGUGGCGUUCAGAAAACGCCGCAGUGGAGAGCAGGACCAUCGGGAGCGAAGACGCUGUGUAAUGCGUGUGGUGUGCGUUACAAAUCGGGUCGGUUAUUCCCCGAAUAUAGACCCGCUUGUAGCCCGACGUUUUCGAGUGAGCUUCACUCGAACCACCACCGUAAAGUCAUUGAGAUGCGUCGGAAGAAGGAGACCUCCGAAGAGGCUGAUGAAAUAACCGGUUUGAAUCAAACGGUUCAGGUUGUCCCGAGUUUUUGAAGAAAUUAGACCAUAAUUUAGGAUUUUCGACCCGGUUCAGUUUUUAGCACCAAUUAGAUUCUCACAUUAGUUAUGUUUAUGUUAAAAGGAUUCAUUAUGUUUAUGUUUUUUUUUUUUGGUUUAAAUUUGAUUAUUGUUCGUGGUAGUCAUCGUAGGUUUAUUAGAAUUUAGUCACUGCGGUCAGGUUUAAUUACUUUUUAAUCACUUAGAUUUGUUUACUUAAUGAUCUAGUUGGUUCCUUUUCUAGUCAUAAUGCGAUAUACAAGUUGGUUUGUA